AUGGAAUGCUGUAAGAUGGCAAAUAUUCAUGAUUUUAUCAUGGGUUUGCCUAAUGGUUAUGAAACGCUUUCUGGACAGAAAGGUUGUUCGGUUUCCGGUGGACAGAAACAGAGAAUCGCCAUUGCUCGCGCGCUAAUUCGGAAUCCCAAAAUAUUAUUGCUAGAUGAGGCAACGAGUGCUUUGGACAGUUAUAGUGAAAGUGUAGUCCAAGAAGUCUUGAACAAAGCUUCUAAGGGUCGCACCACAGUAGCUAUUGCUCAUCGCUUUCGUCCAUUCAACAUGCCGACUGCAUUUUUAGAUUCGACGGCGGCGUUAUUGCUGAAGCUGGUGACAUAG